UAAUAAUAAUAAUAAUAAUAAUAAAUGGAUUAAGAAAAAAAACCAAGUGAGCCAAAAAAAAAAGCAUGAACCUGGUCGAGCAAAUAAACACGAUAAGCCUUUUAAAGGUUUAAAAUUAUUUUAUGUUAUUCACCUGGACUAGUUACUGUCUCCGAUCCUCUAUGAAUUUAAAAUGAGCUUAAUUGAAUUUUUUGUGAAAAUUCAAUACAGCCCUACGAACUUUUACUUGUAUUGAAAUAAAAUAAGAAAAACAAAGCUCUUUUAUUUAAAGAUCUAUAAAUUAUUAAAUUUAAAAAGUUUGUAUUAUCCCACCAAGUCACGAUCAUAAUGAUUUCCUUUCGGUUUUUAUUAUUAUUUAGGCUUUUAUUAGUUUUAGGUUUUUAUUAUCACUAGACCACGUUUAGUGGAGAAGCAAGCGACCUCUAAUCACGAGUCCACGGGGACAGAUGUUUUUUCAUUCAUUCAACCAAAGCAAAUUUGUUCUGUUAUGGCAACAAAGCGAGGGAAAAACAAGUAAGUUGGUGAAGAAAAAAAUGAUAUGCGCGAGAGAAAAGAAAGCAACAAGACCUGGAAAUUAUCACUGAUGCUUCUUAUUGAAUGAUUAAAUGAAGGUGAGAGAAAACCUGUAAAAACGACUAACGAAUUUGGUUGUGCCCGGUUUACAGUUGCUACGUUGCUGCAUCAAACUUAACCAAAAAGAGAAAAUACAUGCACAAAAAUGUCUGCACUCACCAAUGCAAUAAGAAACAAACGAUUUCACCAAGCGAAAUUAUUAGUAGAAAUGGGAAUCGAUGUGAACUAUCGAAACUCUGCUAAAAGGACUGCUCUGAUGGAGUUGUGUUUAUUGGAGGAAGAAGGAAAAGCGGCCAAAUUGGCGCGAAUUAUGCUGUCUCGCGGUGCACGCGUUGGAAUUAGAGACUCCGAUGGGAUGACCGCGUUGUGUCAUGCAGCAAAACUUAACCGUGAGCAGCUCGUCUCGGUCAUCUUGGAGGAAACUCAUUCGUUCGACCCAAACACUGCCGAUAAGAGCGGGAACACAGCACUUCACUACGCUGCUAUGACGGGAAACUUUAUGUUGCUAAACCAGGUGCUACAGGUGCUAAAGAAACUCAGUCUCAACACCGAUAAGAUUAAUCUCAAUGGCGAAACACCUCUUAUUUGUGCAGCAAAAUCCGGGAACGUUUUCUGUUCUCGUAUCCUGGUCCUCGAGGGAAAUGCGUCACCCCAUGCACGGGAUAGACUUGAGUUUAAAACGGCAAAGGAAUGGGAAAGAUCGAGGUUAUUUCUGAAGAGAGGAUCCAUUUCCUCACCUGAUUCCUCAUUCGUUAAAACGCAGCGCUCUCGGACUUCCAUGUCCCUUCCCUUUUCUGGGACACUCCCAUCAGAACCAGCGAGAGUAGAACAGCAGCCAAGUAGUGCAAGGUCACGCAAAUCAGGAAAUUUGUACGACGAACUCAGACCUUACACAGCACCGGAACUGCCAAAGAAAUCGGGAAAACCCGCCGGCAAAAAUCACCUCGAUAAUCUAAGACAAUUAUACUCUAUAUUUGAGAAGCAGCUUUCAUACUCGUACAGAGAGAAGGCAGUUAAGCCAAGAUCACCGACUCCACCACCAAGUGAAGAUGACGAUUUUGAUAUGUGGGGUACAUGUGAUAUAUCCGGGGAGAUGAUACCAGGAAACGCAAUUCAACUCUCCUGUCCGACAAACCGUCGAUUAAGCGUCAGCAAGACGGCAAAGAUCGCAGUCAAAACAAACAAUCUCCUCCGACGACGAUCAGUAGCUGUCACAGCUCCAAGCGCUAAGCCCAAUACUACACGACGAAUGUCGACGGCUUCACGGCCGACGCUAAUGAACAAAAACCUGUCUGAGUCUCUACCUGCGUCGAUGUUCUCGCAGAAAAAGGCUGCUGCCGUGCGGAGGAAUUCCAUCAAUGUCAUCAGUAGUGUGAGCGCUGGAAUAAAGAUAAAAGGGCGGCAACAGUCUGACGAGGGAGAGGGGGUUCAGGCAAAAAGGACGUCAACUUACAGUAUGGUCCAUGAAGUCUUAAGCAGCAGGAGUAAGUAUGGAGAGUAGCGGACUGACGGUGGAAAGGCCCUCUUUGCUUGCCAGGCGGCGCUCGUAUUCAUUUGAUUCGGCGGAAUUGGAACUCAAGCGACUUUCCAAGAGUGGAAAUCUGGAGAUCUCAGCUCUGCAAUCUCUAGCGACAAGACUUUUCUUACUGGAAGAUCAAGUCAAUCCCCACUCCUCGGUAUUCUACCAGCAGAACGAAGAAGAAGUGAACAGAACAGAAAAAAGUGAUCUCGAAAAGCUGACGAAGUGCUCGGAAGAGGUUAUCGCAAGCGUGUUGCUUGAAUAUCUCAGUGGAAAAGUCUACGACGAGAGCAUUUGCUCGCAGCAGACAGCAGCUAUAAGCAAGAAGGUGGAACAGCAGAUGAAGGGCAAGGUACUUAAGGAUAAACAGAAGGUUUUAGCGCUCGCGUUUAUUGGAGAGGUCCGGAACCAGGGGAUUCAAGUGACGAGUCAGUGUCUGUGGGACCCUCUCAGUGACUUCAUGGCGUCUGCAAGUCUCUGCGUUAACAACCUUUUCGCCGUUUGCUACGUCUUUGUAGUCCAGUGAUCCUCGCGAAUAAACCGAUUCCUAGCGGCUUAAUUAAAGGCAUGCAUAGAUACGUAACUGUACAAAAAAAAAACUGGUAUCGUUUGGUGUAAUAUUCCACGACUGUUAAUAAAAAGACGAAAAGAUUCGUGAGAGCAAGCGAGUGGUUUUUACCUAAGAGAGAUUCUAUUCUCUUAAUACUAUUUUACGGCGCGAAGAAACAAUAUCCUAUUUUGUAAACAAAACUGAAGUGUGUUUAUUGCUAAUCAGCCCUCGAAAAUAAUAACUUGAUUCCAAUUCUAAUGAAUGGAUCUUUUUAACACUUCCUUGUUUUAAACCGAAACAGACAAAGGUCAUGGAACUUGUGUGACAGAAUAUUCUUGCACAAAUUUGUCACAUUAUAAGACUUAGCUAUCAUAUCUCUUGAAAUCCACGGAAAGAAAAAUACAUGUACAGAACAAUUUGUAAUUUCAAGUUCCCAAUUAAAGCUUCUAUCACGCAAAA